AUGGAGGUUGAAAAAACAGCAGCUGAGUUGGGUGUCACGUACCAAACAAUAAAGCCGGUGUAGUAGUUACAGCUAUUGCCUAUUGCUACAGGAAACCACAAAUUGAGCCAACUCCAAUUUCACACCAAAAAAAUUAAAUAAAGCUGUAAUAUAUUUUUUCCAUUUUUGCGGGUUUUCUUUUCUCCCCCAUUUCGGGUUUCAACAGAUCUUUGCUUGCUGGGCUUGCCUUUUUCAGGCGAUUCUUCCGUUUAAAUUCUGUGGGUCUGUUUCGCAUCUUCGAUUGCUGGAUUUUAUACACUCGUACUGAUUGCUGAGUAAAAAGAUUCAUUCUUGGGGGGAAAAGAUCAAGUGAGAAUGAAAUCUGGAAAAGGCCAUCAAGAAGAGGAAGAGGAGGAGGAGGAAGAGUUUGGUGCGAAGAAGGACGCCACAUCAUCCGCUAAUAACAGCAAAGAUGGAAAGAACAGUGAGAAAGCUAAUGCUAUAAGGUCAAAACAUUCAGUCACGGAGCAGCGCAGGAGGAGUAAGAUCAAUGAGAGAUUUCAGAUAUUGAGAGAACUUAUACCACAUAGCGAUCAGAAGAGAGACACUGCUUCGUUUUUGUUAGAGGUGAUUCAGUAUGUACAGUUUUUACAAGAGAAGGUACAGAAGUAUGAGGUCAUAUCAACCUUGGAAUUCAGAGCCCACAAAGCUGAUGCCAUGGAGAAACAGUCAUUGGCGUGUUCAGAAUUUUGUUGGUCAGCCACAGACGACAAAAAUGGUCCUGGUUCUUCUUUUCCUGGAAGAUUUGAUGAAAAUAGUAUAGGAGUCCCCAUGACCCUGCAACCGGGCCAGCCGAAUCCUAUUGAACCCGAUCAUGUUAUGGAUGCUCAAGGUAGACCGAUAGAUCUACACACUGAACUUCCUAACAAAUCAAUGAGCAUGCCAUUGCCUAUUCCAGUUUCCAUGGGAAAUGACGGCCCAUUCUCCCACACAUUACAUGGGCCACCACCAUCAGAGGCGCAGUCAUCGGACUGUCCUAGCUCUGCUGAUGCACUUAACCUUCAAGAUGAACUAACAAUCGAGGGGGGCACAAUCAGCGUUUCCAGUAUUUACUCUGAAGGAUUAUUGGCUGCGUUGACACAAGCACUUCAAAGCACGGGCGUGGAUCUCUCUCAAGCCAGCAUCUCAGUCCAGAUCAAUCUUGGAAAACGAGCAAAUAGAGGAGCCACAGCAUCGACUGCUAAGGAUCAUAUAAUUCCUACGCCAUCCAGCAACCAACCAGUUGGGACAUUUCACGACGCCACUAGUAGUGAAGACUUAGAUGUAGCUCAAAAGAGGCGAAAGAUUUGAUAAACACUGUGGCCCGGCAUCAAAAACAUCCAUUUCCAUCAGAUCUGUUUGCAGAGUAUUACACCAUUGUAUAUUUGUUCUUUCUUGAGCCUUUUUUUCUUCCUCUUAAUUUAUUUAAUCUUUUUAGCUUGUCUCUACAUGUAUUGUCUCACAAACGGCUUGCUUUGGCUGCUUAUCUGCAUGGUGGAUAUAUUUUUAGUUGUUUU